GGGGCAGAGGCGGCCAUGGCUUCCGACUCGCGUGCGGCGUCUGGUGUCUCCGGGAGCCGCUUCCUCAUCGUAGGAGGCGGGAUCGCCGGAGUGACGUGCGCCGAACGGCUGGCUGCAGAGUUUCCCUCUGAUGAUAUUUUUUUAAUUACUUCUUCUCCUGUUAUAAAAGCAGUGGUGAACUUCAAACAGGUUUCCCGAACUUUGGAAGAAUUUGAUGUUGAGGAACAAGCAAACAGCAUCUUAGGAAAACGCUACCCCAAUAUUAAAGUUAUACAGUCUGCAGUGAGGCAACUGAAAAGCAAAGAUCAUAGGAUCAUCACUGAAGCUGGUCAGGAGUAUACCUUUGAAAAACUCUGUUUGUGUGCUGGAGCAAAACCCAAGCUGAUUACAGAAGGAAAUCCUUACGUCCUGGGGAUACGAGAUACAGAUAGCGCAGUGGAACUCCAGAAACAUCUAGCAAAAGCUAAAAGAAUAACCAUUGUAGGAAACGGCGGCAUUGCACUAGAAUUGGUGUACAAAAUUGAAGGCUGUGAAGUCAUUUGGGCCAUCAAAGACCAAGCAAUUGGCAAUACUUUUUUUGAUGCAGGGGCAGCUGAGUUUUUGAUUCCAAAGCUCACCGCUGAAAAACCAGAGACUCCGGCAGCUUGUAAAAGAACAAAAUAUACUGUGGCAGAAAGAGAAGAACAAGCUUCGGAGCAUCUUGGGAAAGUAGGAAGUGCCUUGGGCCCUGAUUGGCAUGAGGGCUUGGAUUUAAAGGGAGCAAAAGAGCUUUGCCACCAAGUUCAUAUUGAGAAUCUGUGCGAAAUAAAGAGGAUCUACCUCCAAGAAGAAUUCAAGCUGUCACGGAAAGUAUCCCUGACUUUCCCCAAAACUCUAGAAGGCAAAAGGAGUGAAGAAGCAAAUGAAGAGCUUUGGCCUGUCUACGUGGAACUCACCAAUGGGAAGAUUUAUGGCUGUGACUUCAUUGUUAGCGCAACUGGAGUGACGCCAAACGUUCAGCCAUUCCUUGAUGGUAAUAAUUUUGCGUUAGGUCAAGAUGGAGGUCUAAAAGUCGACAGAUAUAUGCGUACUUCUCUCCCGAACAUCUACGCAGGAGGAGAUAUUUGCACAACCUCAUGGGAGCCCAGCCCCGUUUGGCAGCAGAUGAGGCUUUGGACCCAGGCACGCCAGAUGGGAUGGUACGCUGCAAAAUGUAUGGCUGCUGAUUCUUUAGGAGAACCUCCAGAUACGGAUUUCAGCUUUGAACUCUUUGCUCACUCUACGAAGUUUUUCAAUUACAAGGUGGUGCUGCUGGGAAAAUAUAAUGCUCAAGGCCUGGGCUUGGACCACGAACUGAUGUUGAGGUGCACCAAAGGACAGGAGUACAUCAAAGUGGUGAUGCAGAAUGGACGAAUGCUGGGAGCAGUGCUGAUAGGAGAAACGGAUCUGGAAGAAACCUUUGAAAACUUGAUUCUGAAUCAGAUGGAUCUCUCCCGCUAUGGCGAAGAUCUUUUGGAUCCAAAUAUUGAUAUUGAGGAUUAUUUUGAUUAAACAU